ACGCGCGGUUAGCAGUCGCUGCUGCGCGGCCGGCGGCUGGAUUGAGCUAGGGGAGACGCGGGGAGCAAGUGGCAGCGGCUCGGACACCUGAGCUGCCACUCCCGAAAACGGGCCCGCGAGACAGGUAAUCAAUAUGCGUUUCCAAGGCUUUCGGCUAUGUUUGGGUCUUCUUUUCAUCUCAAUUAAUGCAGAAUUUAUGGAUGAUAGUGUUGAGACGGAAGACUUUGAUGAAAAUUCAGAAGAGACUGAUGAACUCUCCUCAGAGAUUAAAUAUAAGACACCUCAACCUGUAGGAGAAGUGUAUUUUACAGAAACUUUUGAUAGUGGAAGGCUGGCUGGGUGGGUAUUAUCAAAAGCAAAGAAAGAUGAUACAGAUGCGGAGAUUUCUAUAUAUGAUGGAAGAUGGGAAAUAGAAGAAUUGAGAGAAAAUCGGGUACCUGGUGACCGAGGACUGGUGUUGAAAUCUAGAGCAAAGCAUCAUGCAAUAUCUGCUGUGUUAGCAAAACCCUUCGUCUUUGCUGAUAAACCUCUGGUAGUUCAAUAUGAAGUAAAUUUUCAAGAUGGUAUUGAUUGUGGAGGUGCAUACAUUAAACUCCUAGCAGACACUGAUGGUUUGAAUCUGGAAAAUUUCUAUGAUAAAACAUCCUAUACCAUUAUGUUUGGACCAGAUAAAUGUGGAGAAGAUUAUAAACUUCAUUUUAUCUUCAGACAUAAACAUCCCAAAACUGGAGUUUUUGAAGAAAAGCAUGCCAAACCUCCAGAUGUAGACCUUAAAAGGUUCUUUACAGACAGGAAGACUCAUCUUUAUACCCUUGUGAUGAAUCCAGAUGACACUUUUGAAGUAUUAAUUGAUCAGAUAGUUGUAAACAAAGGAAGCCUCCUAGAGGAUGUGGUUCCUCCUAUCAAUCCUCCCAAAGAAAUUGAAGAUCCCAGUGAUAAAAAACCUGAUGAUUGGGAUGAAAGAGCAAAAAUCCCUGAUGCUUCUGCUGUCAAACCAGAAGACUGGGAUGAAAGUGAACCUGCCCAAAUAGAAGAUUCAAGUGCUGUUAAACCUGAUGGCUGGCUUGAUAAUGAACCGAAAUUUAUUCCUGAUCCUCAUGCUGAGAAACCCCUUGACUGGAAUGAAGACAUGGAUGGAGAAUGGGAGGCACCUCAUAUUUCUAACCCAGCAUGUCGGAUUGGGUGUGGUGAAUGGAGCCCUCCCAUGAUAGAUAAUCCGAAAUACAAAGGAGUAUGGAGACCGCCGAUGAUAGAUAACCCUAACUACCAGGGUGUCUGGAGUCCUCGAAAAAUUCCUAAUCCAGAUUAUUUUGAAGACAAUCACCCAUUUCUUCUGACUUCUUUCCGUGCUCUUGGUUUAGAGCUUUGGUCUAUGACCUCUGAUAUCUACUUUGAUAAUUUUAUUAUCUGUUCAGAAAAGGAAGUAGCAGACCGCUGGGCUGCAGAUGGUUGGGGAGUGAAGAUACUGAUAGAAAAUGCUAAUGAGCCUGGUAUAUUCAAACAAUUGAUGUCGGCUACUGAACAGCGCCCAUGGCUUUGGUUCAUUUACCUCUUGACAGCAGCGCUUCCAAUAGCAUUGAUUAGUUCAUUUUGUUGGCCAAGAAAAGUAAAGAAAAAAUAUGAAGAUGUGGCUUUCAAAAAACUGGACAUAUGUAAACCACAAACAAAGGGAGCACUGGAGCAGGAAGUGAAGGAAGAGAAAGCAGCCCUGGAGAAGCCAGUUGACUUGGAAGAGGAAAAAAAGCAAAGUGAUGGUGAAAUUGUUGAAAAAGAAGAGGAAGGUGAACCUGAGGAAAAGAGUGAAGAAGAAAUUGAAAUUAUAGAAGGACAAGAAGAAGGUAAUAAAUCCAAUAAGUCUGGAUCAGAGGAUGAGAUGAAAGAGGCAGAUGAGAGCACAGGAUCUGGAGAUGGGCCAAUAAAGUCAGUACGCAAAAGAAGAGUACGGAAGGAGUAACCUGUAUUCAAGUAUUUUUCAUUCCUGAGAGAGCAAGUUGGCAUUCUCAAGUCCGUGUGCCAGAACUGCGCUUGUCAAUCUGCACAUCCCUUUUCUACUAUCUAGCAAUGUUAUUCUCUCAGACAUUUCUUUUAAUCUUCUUUUUCAGAAAUGAAAAACCUUUGAAGUUACCUGGUCUUUGAAUUUAGAAUAAAAGAAAAGUGGCACGUUACAUAUCAGAUUUCAAGAGAUUUAUAUCAUUAAAGGUUACACAGUUUUCAUAGUUUGGAGAGUUGUAGUUUCUACAGAGCAAAAUAAUAUGCUUCACUGCUAUGGGACAAGUCAGUUACUGGAAUUUCCCCUUAAAUGGCUAUCCUACAAUAUACCUGGUAGUUCUAUACUAUAAGUGAGAGAGUUCUGUUGUACAGAGCUGAUUGCAAUAAAGUUUCUGUAUGGCUGUUUGGUUCUACCAACAAUUGAAAGUGUUGUAUGUGACCCACAUUUACCCAGUUUGUGUCAAGUUAUAGUUACGGUCCAUUGUUCACUUUAAAGAGGUGCUUUGUUGACAGGUCAGUCAACAAAACAGAAAUGUGUCUUAUCAUUCGUAGAAUCACUGGUUAAUAGUGCAGCAUAUUUACAGUUGAAUACAGAGAUAAGGUUUUAUCAAAAUGAAAUGGUUUACAGUUGUUUUUCAAGCUGUUUUAGUUUUUUUAUGCCAGAAUAGCUUACCCUAUUCACAAGAUUGCUUAUGUCUACAUUGGUCUUAAAAACAAAAUUUAAGCAUUUUUUCUUUUUUUUUUAAAAACAAUACCUACUUUAAUAGGUAAAUUAUUAUUGGGGUCUGAUCAGUAAGAGAUUCUAGUGGCUGAUAGAUAUUGAUCAUCCUGUUUUUCUGACAAAUUCAAAAAUAUUGUCUUAUCUAGCUUUAAAGCUCCCUCUAUGGUAGACAGACUAUUAUUGCUCCUCUUUUAAAAUAUCAUCGACCCUUGAACAACACAGGUUUGAACUGCAUGAGUCCACUUGUAUGUGGAUUUUUUCCCCAAUUGAUUCUACAGUACUCCAUGGUAGGUAGUUGGUUGAAUCCUCCGAUGCAGAAUCUGCAGAUAAAGACGGUCAACUGUGGGACUUGAGCUUCAUCUGUGAAUUUUGAUAUCUGCCACAGGUCCUGGAACCAAUCUCCCAUGGAUACCAAGGGAUGACUGUAGGUACCAGAAGUUACAGAAGUGCAUUAUAGUAGAACUGUAUUAUUCCAUUUAAUAUAUCUAAGAAUUUUUCAUGUUUGGGUGAUAAACCCUUUAGAAGGUGAUAUAAAUCUUUGAGGCCAUGAAACUACUUUAAUACUAUCUUGAGAACUCUAUACUAGUUGGAUGAUACUUUGGAUUCCUUCAUGAACAUACAUAUCCCAUCACUGGACUAGCCCCACUAAUAUAUUUAGAGCUCAUGUAUAAGGAAAAUGAGUUUCUAGCUUCUCCUGUGACUGAAGGAAGGAAGCCGAAUAGCUAGAGUAGCCACUAUUCACUCCUUAUUUCAGACAGUGAAUUGAAAGUGAAAAUAAGUGCUUUAUUCAUUGCUGUGUUCUGAAUUUUCCAUAUAUUGGUGGUGGACAAUUUAAUACAUAGCUAACCAUACUUUGUAUUUAUUUAAUACUAAUUAAACCUAACACAUCUUGCAAAGACUCCUUUUCUUGCUGUGUACUUUAAAUGAAGUAGACACAUUGAAUGAUUCUAGAUGAGAAUGUUUUUGAAAGUAAACUACUACUUCAUGAGAUAAAUUUUUAUGGGAAACUUCUUGCUUGACAAGUGUCUUGUAUAUGAUCUUUUUUCCCCUAAAGAUUUAUUAAAGCUUUUUAAAAUUUCUUGAUUGCAUAUUCAUUUAAACUUUAAUAUUUGGUUAAAGUCCAUGAGCUUACAGUGGUAAAAUCUGAGCAACCAGUUUUGCCAUUUCUCUGCUCUUUCCUGUGGGUGUCCAGUCUGUGAAUGUACCGUUGGCUGAUAGGUUUAACCAAAACUUAAAAACAUGUGCUACGUUCACUCAGUAGACAAAGCAUAGAGUUUUCUUUAAUAAUGAGAUCAUUUUUUCCUUCUACCACCCCAGUCUGACUCUGUUGUUUUAAAUGAUUUAAGUUUUAUCCUUUUCUUUAAUAAAGGAGAAAAAUUCAU